AUGCGCACUUUAAUACCGCAUAAUUUUUGUCACGCUGAAAACAGUUGAUUAAUAUUUUUUAUAAUUGGUUAUAAUAGGUUUAGGGUUGGGGUAGGCGUUAGCUUCUGUAAUUUAUUGUAAUCAUAUUUCAAGAUUUUUCAAUACUUCCGGAUGUAGCCCUUCUAGCAACAAUCCCAUAUUGACCGUUGUAUUCCUCGCCAUUCCUAGUGACACCGACAGGGGUAUCUUGGCUCACAGGCGCUGCGCGUCUUCCAUUCAGGGUAAGGCGUCUUGUUAAUUUCGUUAGUCUUCGUUCACAAACACCAUGGCUCCUGAUGUUGGGCGAAUGUUGCUUCUGCUUAUGAUCCUACCAUCGAUCACGCUAUCCUCAAAUCCCAGUUUCACUGUGGAUUACCAUCAAAACAGCUUCCUUAAAGAUGGAAAGCCCUUCCGCUACAUCUCCGGCAGCAUCCACUACAGCAGGGUUCCCAGAGUCUACUGGAAGGACAGGCUGCUGAAGAUGUACAUGGCUGGUUUGAACGCCAUCCAGACAUAUGUGCCGUGGAACUUCCACGAGUCGGUGCCUGGCGUUUAUGACUUCAGCGGAGAUCGGGACCUGGGGUACUUCUUGCAGCUGUGCCAAGACAUCGGCCUCCUAGUCAUUAUGAGACCAGGUCCAUACAUCUGUGCAGAGUGGGACAUGGGGGGCUUGCCUGCCUGGUUGCUGAAAAAGAAAGAUAUUGUCCUACGAUCAUCUGAUCCAGAUUACCUUACAGCAGUGGAUAAGUGGAUGGGGAAGUUGUUGCCCUUUUUGAAGAGUUACUUGUAUCAGAAUGGUGGACCUAUCAUCACUGUUCAGGUCGAGAAUGAAUAUGGCAGUUACUUUGCCUGUGAUUAUAACUACAUGCGGCAUCUUGCCAGUCUGUUUCGGUCUCAUCUUGGGGAAGAUGUGUUGCUGUUUACCACUGAUGGGGCAGGUGUGGGUUAUCUGAAAUGUGGGUCACUGCAGGGCCUCUACGCCACUGUUGACUUCGGUCCAGGUGCAAAUGUAACUGCUGCUUUUGAAGCUCAGAGACAUGCAGAGCCAAGGGGCCCUUUGGUGAACUCCGAGUUCUACGUAGGCUGGUUGGACCACUGGGGCGAGAAACAUUCAGCUGUGUCCACACGGGCUGUGGUGAAGACCCUCAAUGAAAUUCUGGAAAUGGGAGCCAAUGUCAAUUUAUACAUGUUCAUUGGUGGGACUAAUUUUGGUUAUUGGAAUGGUGCCAACACAGCAUACGCUCCUCAACCAACCAGCUAUGACUAUGAUGCCCCUCUUACAGAAGCUGGAGAUCUUACAGAGAAGUAUUUCACGAUCAGAGAUGUCAUCAAAAUGUACAGAAAGAUACCAGAAGGCAUAGUGCCUCCAUCAACACCAAAAUUUGCAUAUGGCCCAGUGCAAAUGAAAAAGUCGCUGACAGUGGUGGAGUCUUUGGAUAUAUUGUCUUUAUCUGGACCUGUCAAAACAGUUUACCCACUUACAUUUAUUGAUAUGAAUCAGGCUUUUGGCUUCAUGCUUUAUCAGACUGUGUUACCUGUGGACUGUUCAAGGCCCAUCGCGCUGUCAUCUCCUCUCAAUGGUGUCCAUGAUCGAGCAUAUAUAUCCAUUGAUGGGAAUGGUGCAGGCAUUUUGGAAAGGAACAAGGUGAUCACAAUAAAUAUAACGGGAAAAGCAGGCAGUCGUGUGGAAGUGCUGGUGGAGAACAUGGGGAGAAUCAACUAUGGCAAAACAAUCAAUGACUUCAAGGGUCUGGUGUUUAACUUGACUCUUGGAUCUGAUGUACUGGCUAACUGGACCGUGUACUCUCUGAGUAUAGAUGAAGCUGUGAGCCAGGGGCUGUUGCCGGCAUCUUCUUCCAGCUCUUCUGCGCCCUCCGGCUUCACCACUGUCCCACCUCCUGCUCUGUCACCCCCAGCAUUCUACUCUGGCAGUUUUAACAUACCCGAUGGCAUUCCAGACCUGCCCCAGGACACAUACAUUCAGUUUCCCAACUGGAGGAAGGGUCAGGUGUGGAUUAACGGCUUCAACUUGGGCCGCUACUGGCCGUCCCGUGGGCCACAGGUGACUCUGUUUGUUCCGGCACAUCUUCUUAGCACCUCUGUUCAAAACAACAUAACUGUACUGGAGCUGGAGGCAGCACCCUGCUCACCAGGACCCUGCACAGUGGAGUUCACUGACACACCCGUUAUAAACGCCACAGUGAAAUCAACCAGCCAAUGUACAAGACGACUGUUUACCAAACAAGACCUCGUAUGAGUUUAAGAACCACACACCUAAGAAUACCGCCUGUCUUACACAUUUUAAUAAUUUCAGCAUUUUCCACAAAGAUAGAAGGGACAAAAUCAACACUGCACAAUAUGUUCAUUGUGAAUGUACCUUAAUAUCACAUCUAUGCUCAGGCUUUUUUGUGAUUUGUGUUAAUGUUCAGUUAUUUGCACUUUAUUUGGAUUUUAAAUCGCAGGGGAAGUCGUUUACUGAUGUGUAAAUUAGUCAAGUGCCAUUAUUCUGAAGAAGUGACUUGAACAGCAGGGCUGUACUAUUACUGUAAAGUUUAGUGGAUAUAAUUAUUGUAUUUGUACUUUUAAACACCAUCCAGAAUUCCUUUGUAUGUAAAUAAAGCAUUUGCUUUUA